AAAUGGCCGCGAUGAUCACAUCUGGCGCUACGUGACUCUGUGUCACGUGAUGACGUUAUCAUCUUCAAAUUAUCCGAUGCUGGCUCAUAUAUUACAAAUUCAGUAAUCGCAUAUUUCAUUUCAAUGGGCACGUCUUUUUUUCUGCCUACCUGGCAACAACCUCCACUUUUCAUUUUAUCACGCUAAGACGAAUGAGCUGUUGCGAGCAAUAGAUGUAUCAGCGAUUGGUGUUAGUAUUUUAUUUCCUGUGGAUUAUUGACGAAAACUCUUGUACUUCUGGGGACGGCUGCUUUGGACUUUUUGAAAAGCUUAAGUGGAACAGAACAUUCAGUUUUAACAACAAAGUUUUAACACUCAAACUUGAAGUCACUAAUAAUCCAGAACAUUGGGUUGUGAAUUAUUUGUUUGAGAUCUUAGCUCGAGAACGAUUAGGAUACACUAAAAUAGAGUUUGUCCCAAUCGAAGAUAGUAAUAUUAGCAGUUCUCUAAAAAGACUUCAGUGUCCUGAUACUCAAUGUCUAAAGUUACCUGAAAUUCAUCUUAACUUACUGCUGUGGUUACCACUUGGUGGAAAUGUUAAAUUCUGGGCAAAACCUUCUUCUGUUACUGACCAUGGUCCUCUUGGACCGAUUCGUCCUUGGAAACUCCUAACACAAUCCUGUUACAACAAAUCACAUCUCAGAGGAAAUCCAAACUACACUUCUCUUAAGCAUGAUUGUAGCUCACCUAUUGACAUCGUUGGUCAAAACUACUCAGGUCAUCGAACGGAAAAUGUACAUGAUUCAUAUUUAUUUAAUAAUCAUACUUUACUCUCUGGGAAGUCAGUAACUAUUUUGGAUUUUGAAUUAAAUUCAACAUGUUUACGGUAUAAUUCUUAUAGUAUUCCUCCACCCCCUUUAUGCAGUACUGAUACAAAAUCUACCUCAGCUAAUAGUUAUCAAUAUUGCCACACUGAAUCUUAUCAAGCUGUUAAAGUGACAUGGGCUAAAUUACGGACGGCAGCUCCACAAAUUUUUCAACUUGCAUCUAAAAUCUAUAUGUCUAAUGAUGAAUUGGGAGAAUUGGUGCACUCGGCCCUACUCGACUCACAUAUAGAUCGUCAGUCAACAUAUAAACAAGUUGCAUGCCGGUGGCUUCGUCAGAAUCCAACUAAAUGGAAAAGUUGGACAGUUGAUUGGGACAAAAAACUAAACUUAACGGUAGCUGGCCUAUUCAGUAUGUAUGGGAAAUGGGUGCUGUAUGGUCUUGAUCGAGUGGCUCAAGAAGCUAUGAAUUUUGUCAACGCCGACUCAGAUUAUUUUCGCAAUUCUGAAUAUGCAUUAAGUUUGGAUGUACGUAAUUUAACAUGUGAACCUGACGUCGUGUUAAGUGAUUAUUUUAAAGUGUUGGAGAAUGCUGUCAACACUCGUCUAAUUGGUUCUAUCGCUGCUCUAUGCUCAGAUUCUAUAGAAGCCGUAGUUGAAUUGGCAAAUAUUCGCAAACAGAUUAUUGUUAGUCCAACAGUAGGUAGUGCACGUUUUCUGGAACAGCAACAAUAUCAUUACUUUUUUCGUACAGUACCAUCAAUGACUUUGGCUAAUUUUAUACUACUUCGAUUAUUCCUAGUAUGGGGUUGGCAUCGAAUAGUUGUAUUUCGUAAAUCGGAUCAUUUUUUUGAACCUUUAUUAUUUCAAGCAAAGGGGAUUGAAAUUAUUGCCAAUAUUGAAAUGGAUGAACAACAGUUAACUUAUAAACUGGCAAAAGAUACUUUAGAAGAAUUAAAGCAACAGAAUAGUCGCAUAUUUGUUGUCGAGUAUGAUGCACGUGGUACCUAUUUGAUACUCUGUGCAGCAUAUCAUGAAGGGAUGUAUUUUUCCGCUGGAUACGUUUGGUUUUUGAAUCCAUGGCUUUCUGAUCAAUGGUGGUCGGAAUUGGUUAGUCGAAAUACUGAGUGUAAUUUUAGUGAAAUGCUCAAUAUUACUUCGUGGACUUUUACUGUUGGACACCAGUUGUUAAUUGGUCCUAUGGUGCACAGUUUUAUUCCUCGUACUAGUGAGUUUAUGGAUUCAGACUCCAAGUCUGGAAAUAAUUCAAGUGGUACGCCGAAUCGAACUUCAUUUGAACAAAUACGACGCAGACGCAAUGUUUUUGUUCAGUCACAAACGUUCGAAGUACCACCUGUCUUAUCAAGAACUAAACAUAAUCCCAAUCCAAAUGAUUUUGGGAAAUCUACAUUCAGUGAUCACUCAAAACGUAAAUUAAUCAAAGAUCCUCUUCAUGAUUACACUGUGUAUACUUAUGAUGCUGUUAUUUUACUAGCAAGUGCUGUUGUUCAUCUUUUACGAGAAAAUCCUGCUGCAGCAUCUGCUCUUAAUCAUCCAGAUGUAUCUGAAACUCUUCGAACACUUGUUGCACGUACAAAUUUUGGUUAUCGAUUUCAGACAGAUAAUUCAACAACUGGACAAUCUAGUGAAAUAAAUGAACUUGUUCCAGGUAUCAAUGAUGAUAAUUUUGGUGUAGAUGCUGGAUUUCAACUUGCUGGUGACUAUUAUGGUAUACGCAGUCAAAGUCCUGCUUCAGCAUCAAAUUUGCGAUUUAAUGAUCAUAAUGAACGUAUUGCUGAUUAUUGGCUGUUGAAACAAAGACAUUUAAAUACUACUGUACCGAUUAUAAUGUGGUCAACAAAAAACUAUGAAGAAGUACAUGAGCAAGAUCAACAACAACAAUCAUAUGAUCCAUUCAAUCAUAUGAUUUCAUCAAAUAAUAUGUCAAACAAGUAUGAUUGGAAAACAACCAAUGCUCCAUUUCUAUACGAUGAAUUUCAAAAACGGAUGACUGAACGUUGGCUAGACCACGUUAAUUGGCAUACAUUAGGUGGUCCACCAAAUGAUGGUUCUAUCAAUGAAAAAAAUUGUACAUUAUCAUUUCUUAGUAAUCAAUUACACAUGGGUUGUACAGGUGCUACUGUAUUUGUCACUGUUACUGUUACCGUUUUAGUUUUAUUGCCACUGAUUAUAUUUGCUCAUUUUUAUUAUCGACGUAAAUUAAAAGAAAUUGAAAAUCGAACUCGUAAACCUUUUGAAGAACUAUGCACAGAAUUGGCUGAUUUAGAUAUGCCUGCUGAAAAUAUUGUUUUAAAUCGUCGAGUCGGUCAAGGUGCUUUCGGUUUAGUAUUCGGUGGUGAAGCUAAAAAAAGUGAUUUAUGGGAAGCAGUUGCUGUGAAAGUAAUUAAUGAGAAAGCAACUUAUGAAGGGAAAAUUGAUUUUCUUUCUGAAGCAAAAUUAAUGCGUUCUUUAAAUCAUCCAAACGUUGUUCGUUUAAUUGGUAUCUCCUUGAAUCCAAAAGCAAGUCUAUACCUGAUUAUGGAACUCAUGCUUCUUGGAGAUUUAAAAACAUAUUUAUUAUCCCGUCGAAUUUUAGCUCAAAGAUCACCAAACCAUGAAGACAUACGACCAUCAACUCUUACUCAAAUGAGUAUGGAUAUUGGCCAAGGUUUAGCCUACCUGCAUAGUAAGCAUUUAAUUCAUAGAGAUAUAGCAUGUCGAAAUUGUCUUGUUGCUGCGGAUCGUACUGUGAAAAUCGGAGAUUUUGGUCUGACCAGACAAGCUGCUAAAAAUACUUCAGAGGUUUACUAUCGUUUCACAAGAAAUUGUGAACUACCUAUUCGUUGGAUGUCACCUGAAGCUGUACAAUUUGGUGUUUUUAGUAUACAAUCGGAUAUUUGGUCAUUUGGCAUAACAUUAUAUGAAAUUAUUACUUUUGGUGUAUUUCCUUAUAAUGGUCUUGGAGAUGUAGAGGUUGUGGAACGUGUCAAACGUAUGGAAUUCAGUAUUACUGAAUUUUUACCACCCCAAGCAUUAAAUACCGUAGUGUAUGUAUAUUCAUACUUUUAUUAUAGUUAAAUCGUAUGUAUGUGUAUACUCUUUAUUAGCAAUUUAAAUAUAAUAUACCAUUGAUAACGAUUGGAAAUAUCUAGUUCGAAAGGAUGAAACCGAAUGUAUAAAAGAAUAUUGGAAUAUAUCAGAAAGAUAUCAAUUUGUGUUGGUCGCUAAAUCGUGUUACCUAUUCUCUAUCACCACUACUCUGUCCCGUAUAAUUUAUUGUUUAAUCUAAUUCUCCUGUUUAUACUGUUGUGUGUGUUUUGUUUCCUUCAGAUAUCUAUCUACUUCAAUUUUGUUUGCUUGUUUUAAUCUUCCUGUAAUUGCAUUAUAACUCUAUGCAUUAUGAUUAUUUUUGUUUUAAGAUGUGAAUUAAUUAAUCAUUGUUGUAAACAUCAAUGGCAACACAGACCAUCAUCAAUGAAUCAAGUGUUAGAAGUAUUAAUAGCGUAUCCAGAUUGUAUUCGACCGUUCCUUACUGAUGAUCCACCGAAACCAAAUACAACAAUCGAUUCAUUACCUUUUCAACCAACUGUAGACACUUGUAUAAUAUCAGAAUCUGCAAUGACUGGUCUUGCUGCAAUCGAUAGUGUUGGUGGUUUUCGUACAAUACGUAGUGCUUCAACUGUAGUCGUUCCAAUAUCAUCAUGUUCACCUUCACCAGUACCACUAAAUCUUCCUGAUGGUAAUAGUGAUAAAUAUUAUGGAUCUGAAAAACGUCUUAGUGAACAAACAAAUCUACGUGAUAAUACACUGUCCAACCAUCAUACAAUUUUUGAUUGGUCUGAUAACUAUACUUCUCAUCCGUAUACAGAUAGUUCAGUUCAUUCAAAGUUGAUUGAAUUUUACCAACUUCCGAUGUUUUCUGACAGACAAACCUUAUUUCCUCCAGUAGUAACAGAUGAAAGUAAAGAACCAAAUAUUAUGUCUAAAUCUGGCGAAUCAUCUAGUCUACCUCCCGUGUUUGAUAAUUAUACUACAUCAUUUGUUACAUCUAUUCCUAAUGCUAUUAAUACAUCGAAUGUUUUAUUCAAUCUUUCGACAAGCCCUAUUUCCACCACUCCGAGUUAUCAGUCAAUCGAUGAAACUAGUCAAUUAAUUAUGAAAUCACCUGAACUAAUAACUGAUCAGUAUACAUAUUCAACUGGAAAUACUUUACAUAUUAGAAAACAGAAACGUUCAAAUACUACACUUAUAAACAAUGCGACGUCGAAUAUUUUAGAUGAAUUUGAUAAUUUAUUAUCUGAUAAUCAGCUUAAGUUAUCUUUAGAUGCGGAUUCGAUUAUGCAUAUCGAGGAAUCCGAUAGAUCACAUAUGUGGAUAUCUGAGGAUAAAAAUUCAGACAAGCAGUUUUUUAUUAUUCCCAGGAACAAAUUUCAUAUGUUUAAUGUUUCUAGUGUACCUCGAAAUCCCAUUCAAACACGGAAUAUUAAUCGCUUGCGACCCACUCGUUCUUUGAUCAAUCUAACCUCUGUACGUUAUCCCAAACACUACCUACAAAAUAAUAUUGAAUCUAAUCACUGUGCUUCUGUCGAUCAUUUCAGUUCGUUUACAAAACAAAGUGAUAUUCAUAGUCCAGAUUUAAUCUUACCUCCUAGUCUAUUUACUUUCAUUUCUGAUUCAUUUAUUUCCGGUAGGAAGACCGUUUAGGUCCCAUUUCUUGUUUACUGUGAUACUGUUAAUGAUAUAAUCUUUUAAUCCGGUAGUUAUAUUUACACCACUCAUGUAUUUGCAUUUGAACAAACUAACCAUGUAAUUUAGUUUUUUUUGCGUUAUUCAAUCCAUUGGAAUUUCCUUUGUGAGUCAUCGUCUAUCCAUCCUGUUGUAGUGUAGUAGGACUAUAAUCAAGUUUCUCUACUCCCACCCAUUAUUAAAUAUUAACUGUUAUCUUUCUAGUUACUUUCUACAGUAAACACACAACUGUUGAUCAUCAAUUGCAAUUUAUUUUCAUCGGAUCUCGUUAUUUUUAUUCGAUCUUGUUUUCUCUCAAUACUGUUAUUGUUACAUUAUUAUUAUUUUUUUAUUGAACUUUACAGUUAAAUACAUAGUAAUGUAUUAUUGUAAAUGUUUCUCUCUUUAUUUGCUAACCUAGUCAUAUCGACUAAUUUUGUUCUAUGGUUUUAAUCUGUUUAAUUCUUCAAACUUUUACGAAGUACAAAUUCAGUUCUAAACGUAACUAAAUAAAAAAGUAAUCGCAGUUAACUUGUUUUUCUUUGUAUAGAUUGUUUAUUUUAACUGUUAGUAUAAUUGCAUAAAUACGUACCUUGUCUCAAGACAAAUUUAUAUUAUUAUUAUUGUAUUAUGAAAAUAAUUUUACAAUGUGUACAUUAUUCUGUUAUGUAUAGAUUGUUUUGUUUUGUAAGAUAAAAAUGGUCAGUUAAUUUCAAAGUUUAAAGUCUUAUUUCUUCAUUUCUUGUUGAAGUUAAUUGUUUAUUCUCUGAUAUGUUACUUUGCUUUUUUUUACUGUCAUCAUCAGUUAACUUGUUUAAUAGGAAAUUAAGGUGUAGUGUACAUUGUGUGUGUUUGCACAAUGAUUUUUUUCUAUCUCAUGUGUUUUUUUUUUAAUAACUAUAAUAAAUUCGAAACUAUCUUAUCGACU